CUCCCGGAGCGGAACAAAGAUGGCGGCCGGCGUUCGCGCGCCCAUAAUGCUCAGCGGGAGGCCCAGGCGGCCGGGCGGUUCUUCCGGACUCGGGGCGGCGGCGGCGGCCUCAGCUGGGCAUCGCUGAGAGAGAAGAAAGAGGGCGAGAGGACCGAAACUUAUGUGAGAGAAAGAGGGAACGGAAGGGCUUGUCCGUCGGUUCCCUUCUGCUAGAGGAGGAGGAGAGCCAUGAGGCGCCGGGCGCCGCCGACCUCCUUCCCGCUCCCCGCCCUGCUCCUUCUCCUGUUGGUCUUCGGGGCUCCUGAGUUGGGGGCGCUGAGGCACCCGGCCGCCCCUUCCCCUCGGCCCGCCCCACAGCACCGGGGCAGGCACCGGCCGCCGCGAUACGAGAAUCUGGAAUCUGUUCUCUCAGACUAUGAUAUUCUUUCAGUGUCAAACAUCCAACAGCACUCAGUAAGAAAAAGAGACCUGCAACCAGAAUCCCAUAUAGAGAAACUCAUAAGUUUUUCAGCAUUGCAUAGGCAUUUUAAAUUAUACUUAACUUCAACUGCGGACCAUUUCCCCAAAAACUUUCAAGCACUUAUAGUGAAUGGCCAAGGCAAGGAAACUGAAUAUCAAGUACAGUGGCAGGAAUUUUUCACAGGACAUGUUGUAGGUCAGAGCAACUCCAAAGUUACAGCACACAUAGGUGAAGACGACUUCACAGUGAGGAUCAACACUGAUGAAGAAGAAUAUAAUGUUGAGCCCUUGUGGAGGUUUCUCAAUAAUACACAAGAUGAAAGACUUUUGGUCUACAGAUCAGAAGACAUCAAGGAUUUCUCACGAUUGCAGUCCCCAAAAGUAUGUGGCUAUGUUAAAAUGGAAGAGGAGGAGGAGCUUUUGGGUGGAGGGCUGAAGGAGAGUAAAUUAAAUAAAGCAGAUGUCCCUCGAAGAAAAAGAGCCACCCCAGACCCCUUGAAGAACACCUGCAGGAUAUUGGUGGUGGCAGAUUAUCGCUUCUUUAAGAACAUGGGCCGUGGGGAGGAAAGUACUACAAUUAACUAUUUGAUUGAAUUAAUAGACAGAGUGGAUGACAUCUAUCGAAAUACAUCAUGGGAUAAUGCAGACUUCAAAGAUUAUGGCAUACAGAUAGAUCAGAUUAUUGUUCACAAUGAGUCACAACCUGUACGUUCCGGGGAAAGACACUACAACAUGGCAAAAAGUCCUCUAGAUGACCGUGAGGAUGCUUGGGAUGUGAAGGAGCUGCUGGAGCAAUUCAGUGCUGAUAUAGCAGACAGAGCUGCUCAUGUGUGCCUUGCGCAUCUCUUUACCUACCAAGACUUUGCUCUGGGUACUCUUGGACUGGCUUAUGUCGGAUCUCAAAGGCCAACCAGCCAUGGAGGCAUCUGCCCCAAAGCUUUUCCUAGUCCGAAUGCUGGAAAGAAUGUAUACCUCAACAGUGGCUUAACCAGCACAAAGAACUAUGGCAAAACUAUCCUUACAAAGGAAGCUGAUUUGGUUACAACUCACGAGCUGGGACACAACUUUGGGGCAGAGCAUGAUCCUGAUGGCUUGCCAGAAUGUGCCCCUACCGAAGAUCAGGGAGGAAAAUAUGUUAUGUACCCAAUUGCUGUGAGUGGUGAUCAUGAAAACAAUAAGAUGUUUUCAAGCUGCAGUAAAGAAUCCAUCCUUCGGACUAUUGAAGCCAAGGCGCCAGAAUGCUUCCAAGAGCGCAACAACAAAGUAUGUGGCAACUCCAGAGUGGAUGAAGACGAGGAAUGUGACCCAGGCCUCUUGCGUCUGCAUGUUGAUCCUUGCUGCACAUCUGAGUGCAAGCUGAAGCCAAAUGCCAAAUGCAGUGAUCGCAAUAGCCCCUGUUGUAAAGGAUGCCAGUUCGAAAGCGCACAGAAAAAGUGCCAGGAAGCCAUCAAUGCCACCUGUAAAGGAGAGUCCUAUUGCACAGGCAAUAGCAGUGAAUGUCCUCCCCCAGGGAAUGCCCCAGAUGACACUGUCUGUGUGGAUUUGGGCAAGUGCAAAGAUGGCUCAUGCAUACCCUUCUGUGAGUGGGGGAAGAACCAGAGUUCAUGCGCCUGUAAUGAAACGGAUAACUCUUGCAAGGUCUGCUGUCGAGACAAGGAUGGGAGAUGCAGCCCAACCGUUGAUGACAACCGGAAUUUCCUGUAUUUGAGGAAAGGAAAGCCAUGCACUGUGGGAUUCUGUGACAUGAAUGGUAAAUGUGAGAAGCGUGUGCAGGAUGUGAUCGAGCGGCUUUGGGUUUUCAUUGAGCAGCUAAGCAUCAAUACGCUAGGAAAAUUUUUAGCAGACAACAUAGUAGGAUCUGUGCUUGUAUUCUCCUUAAUAUUUUGGAUUCCUCUAAGCAUUCUUGUACACUGUGUGGACAAGAAGCUGGAUAGGCAGUAUGAAGAGAACACCAAAUCUCUCUUUGGCCCCAGUAAUGUUGAGAUGUUGAGCAGCAUGGAUUCGGCCUCUGUUCGAAUUAUCAAGCCGCCUCCUGCCGUGCCAUCGACUAGCCGGCUCCAGCCCCUGCAGCCUAUUGCACCAGUCUCUGUGGCAGCGGUGGUUCCGAAACUGGACCAUCAAAGAAUGGACACCAUUCAAGAGGAUCCUAGUACAGACUCUCACAUGGAGGAGGAUGAUUGCUUUGAUAAGGUUCCUUUCCCAAACAACAGCACAACUGCCAAGUCGUUUGAGGAUCUUACAGAUCAUCCUGUCACAAGGAGUGAGAAAGCAUCGUCCUUCAAACUGCAACGCCAACACAGAGUGGACAGCAAAGAAACGGAAUGCUAGUCUCUAGCUGCCUUUGGAGCUGCUGGCUCUGAUGUGCAAAAAUCAUGUUCAAUUUGAUGAACUAACGCCAUUUCAUUAUAGAAAUAUCUUGUAUGUGUAUAUAUUGUAUUGGAAAACAGAAACAAGGAAGUGACCUACUGCAGAUGCUGGCCAUGUGUAUGAUCUUCUUUAGUUUCAGUGUGAGUGCUAUGUACACACAGACUCAAGUGUACUGAAACUUUUUGAAUUUUUUUUUUCUUGUAGUCUUGAUUUGAACAUUUCCUUCAGCCUGUGGCAUCGAGGCAUAAUCUGCCUAAUACCAAUUGUUUCUUAGUAUUUUUAUAAUGUGCCUUUUUGUAGUUGAACAGCACUGCAAAGUUUUUAGAAUACAGAAGCCCCAAUAUGUAGUGAUUUACCUUCUUGUAUUUCAGCAUUCAGCAGUAUUUUUCUUUUAAGAUGGAAAAAUGAGGUGAACAUUUUAAAUUAAGAAAGACUUAUGAAGUGUUAUUGGGGGGGGGGGUUAAGGUAACACAGCAAAUCUGAUAAAUGUUUUCAUGGUCGGUUGAAACAGGACUUUUAAUUAUGCAAUUUUUGACCAGAAGCUAGUAGAGACCUAAGCAAUGUUAAAAGUUCCAUUUAUUUCAGCAGGGCUUUAAGGGCACAUGACAAUGUCAUGGAUGAUGGCCUUUUUCUACAAAACCAAGUGGGUAAAAAUGUGCAUUGAAACUUUACUCCUUCAGCUGUGUGGGGAGAUGAUUUUAUUCUAGCAAAUUGCUGCCUGCCAAAAUUUGAUUAAAAAUAGUGCUGCUGAUCGUGGCUUUCAUGUGAUACAAAUCAUGUGGUCACUCCAUACCCUUUCUUAUAGUUGGGGGUGGUGUUGAGACCCUGCAAAGUUUUUUCCCCUUAUAAAUUGGCAGGAGGAGAAUGAUUUCAAUAUUGGGGCCUGUGACUAUAGAACUGCAUGGACCGAAGAAAGUGGUGUUACUGCUUAAAUAACUAUUUUGCAACAUAAUCAUGUCCUACAUUAAUUUGUGUAAAAUGUACACAUUUAAUAGCUGCAUCAAAAGCCAACAAAGUAUAUAAAAAAAUCCUCAGUUAUGAAAGACUUGUAUUUUUUCAUAUCUGAUCAACCAAGCCUGUGACAAAUGUGUCUUUUUCAUGGAUAUUUGUUACACUAAUACUUGAACUUGUGCCCUUUUGGUAUUUGUAUCUAUAGUCUGAUUUUAGAUUUCUUACUUAGCAGUAAAAAUUUGUGUGAGAAGUGAACUCCCAAUACAAUGUAAUAAAGUGAUUUUUAUACCUCUCCUUAAAAGCGCUGUGUGCAAGCUGACUUCUCUUUGUAGUAAAUGCACCUUCUGUAGAGGUGUGAUCUAAUCAAAGGUAUAUUACCAUGAUUGCCUGUAAUAAACAAAGAAUGGAUUAGUUAUGAA